AUGUCGUCCGUCUCGAAACAGCCCGUCAACCUCGUGUUGGGGGUCGCAAACGUCGGAGAUUCAUCUGCUGAUCCCAUGGCACGCUACGACACGCCCGACCAAGUGAACGCAUUUCUCGACGUCUUUGCUCGACGUGGGUACAACCAGCUUGAUACCUCGCGCAUGUACUCACCCCAGGCGCCCACAAGCUCGGAGCCCAGACUCGGCGCCGCCAACGCCGGCGAGCGAUUCAGCAUCGACACCAAGGUCACGUCCAGAUCGCCGGGAUGUCACAGCAAGGAUAAAAUUCUGAAAGAGAUUGACGAGUCUCUCAAAGCGCUGAGAAUCAAGCAGAUCAACAUUGAAUAUCUGCACGUGCCCGACCGAACAACACCAUUUGAAGAAGCGUGUGAAGCCAUGAAUCAAGCGAUCGGAGAGGGUAAGAUCAAGAAAUGGGGGAUCUCAAACUACUCCGCUGCUGAGGUCCAGCGGUUUGUCGACAUUUGCCAAGAACGAGGUCUCGUCAAACCCAGUGUGUACCAGGGUCAUUAUAAUCCGCUCGUGCGAGGCGGGGAGAAGGAUUUGUUUCCAGUAUUGCGCGAGAGUGGUAUCGCCUUCUACGGAUAUAGCCCCGCCGCGGCUGGGUUCUUUGCCGGCAACCAUAAGAAGGUUAAAGCGGGCGGACGAUAUGAUACAUCGGUGAGACUUUCCUACUCGUCUCGAUUAGAUUUCGAGAGACUGACCAAGUAUUGUGUGACCUUCAAGAUUCCUGUGGGUAGCAUAUACGCAAAGUUCUAUGUCAAAGAAUCCAUCAUGACGGCGACGGAGAAGGCGAUCGAAGUCGCGUCUAGAUACGGAAUCGGCGGCCACGCUGCGGCACUUCGGUGGACGGUAUAUCACAGCAUUCUCAGCAAAGAACACGAAGACUCGGUGAUCAUUGGAGCGUCGAGCCUCGAGCAGCUGGAGACCAAUCUCGACAUGAUCGAACAAGGACCACUUCCAGAGGAUGUGGUGUCUGCUCUCGAGGAGUUGCACGAGCAGAUUGCUGACAAAAUCCCAUACCACAUGUAG